UCAUGUGGUUUAAUUAUAAAAGAUGAAAGUUAUUUACGUGUACAUAAACAUGGAAUAUUUCAUGAAAAUUGUUUAACAUGUUAUAUAUGUCAUCGACCAUUAAUUACAAUUGGUGGAGGUUAUUAUGUACGAAAUGGUUAUGAUCAACAAUCACAUUUUAUUUGUCGACAUGAUUAUCAAAUUGCUAAUAACAAUAAGUCUUAUCAAAAUCCUUCUUGUUCAAUGUAUCUUCCACAAUGUUCAAAAUGUCAAACAAUAAUUUCAGCAAAUGAAUUAGUUAUGCGUACUGAUGACAAAUAUAUAUAUCAUAUUGAUUGUUUUACAUGUUGUUUAUGUAAUGUUGUUUUAAAACCAGGAGAUGAUUAUGGUUUACAUGGUUCAUUAUUAUUUUGUCGUUUACAUUUGGAACAAACAACAAAUACAACAUUUUCAUUAUGUUCACCAAUUAAAAAUUCAUCAUCAACAACAACAACAACAGCAAAUAUAAAUAUGAAAAAAUCUCGACAAAAUGGUACAACAACACAACGUAAACAACGAACAAAAUUAAAUAAUCUUGAAAAUAAUACAAAUAAUUUAGAAAUAUCAGCUUUUUUACAUGGAAAUGAUCUUUCAAAUUCUGAUGGAAAUUUUUCAUCAACAAUAUUUAAUAAUCAAACAGUAACAAAUCCUCAACAACGUACAAAACGUAAUCGAACAUCAUUUAAACAUCAUCAAUUACGUAUAAUGAAAACAUUUUUUGCUCAAAAUCAUAAUCCUGAUUCUAAAGGUUUAAAACUUUUAUCACAAAAAACUCAAUUAAGUAAACGUGUACUUCAGGUUAUUGUUCAAGUUUAUUUUGUUUUUU